AUGUUGGCAAAGGAUGUAUUGGUCGAAGAGUUUAUUGUAUCAAACCCUCGAUCCCAGAAAGCCUUCGAAAGAGCACAGGAAAUUUUACCCGGCGGAAACACGAGAUCAGUAUUUAACUCAUUCCCAUUCCCCCUUGUCCUUGAGUCUGGUUGUGGGUGUGAAGUUACAUCGCUGGAUGGGAAAGUCUAUACAGACUUCAGUUCUGACUUCACUGCGGCCCUAUACGGGCACUCUAAUCCGGUAAUUUAUGAUUCUUUGAGAGAGAUAUUUUCUACGGGGUUCGCGCUGGGAGGUGUAGUUGAGAAGGAGGCCGAACUGGGGGAGAUAAUACGAAAAAGACUUCCAAGUAUGGGGAAAAUACGGUUCUGUAAUUCUGGGACAGAGGCCAAUAUGUAUGCGUUGGCGACGGCACUUGUUUUCACUGGGCGAAAAAAGAUUCUUGUGUUCGAUCGUGGAUACCAUGGGGGAACAAUGAGCUUUCCAGAUAAAGGGAACCCUCUGAACCUACCUCACGAUUUUAUUAUCGGUAAAUUCGACAGCAUUGAAGGCACUCAGCCAUUGCUAAACGCUGACAUAGCUGCUAUCAUCGUCGAGCCCUUACAAGCCGCCGGUGGUGUACGACCAGCAUCAAAAGAAUUCCUUGCGUUUUUACGUAAGGCGGCAGACGAACUUCAUGCUAUUUUAAUAUUUGAUGAAUGCGUCACAUCGCGCCUUCACUUUAAUGGAAUGCAAGGCGCACUAGGUGUGAUCCCUGACAUGACCGUGGUGGGCAAAUAUAUGGGAGGAGGGUUACCAUUCGGAGCGUUUGGUGGUAGGGAGGAUAUUAUGAAUCUAUAUGACCCCUACUCUCAGGGCAUCGAGAAUACUCUAUUCCACUCGGGGACUUUCAACGGGAAUAUUUUCACACUCAAUGCAGCGAUCGCGGCUUCAAAGCUUGUUACUGCUGAAGCACUUCUUCGGUUGAACAACUUGGGUGACAGGCUUCGCGCUUCUGCCCAUGCCAUUAUGGAAGCAUCUGGGUUUGAGGAUAUGUAUUUCACUGGUCAUGGAAGCGAAAUAGGAGUUCAUUUUCGAGGGGAUGACGCUGUAACGGUUCGCGAAUCUUUCUUUUAUUAUCUGUUGCGGCACGGGUUUAUGAUUGGAUUUCGGGGUUUUAUUUGUCUAAAUCUCUUACAUACUGAUGAGUCUGUGGAUCGGCUGUUGCAAUGUAUCCAAAGGUUUGUAGACGAGUACCAAAAUUAG